AUGCCUUUUCAAGAGAGGAACUCGAGGACAGCGAUUCAAACAGCAAGGUCCAACGUACCAGGUGUUCCGAUUGAGAGACUACAGACCACACCAGCAUAUACGUCGGCAUACACAGCAGCAGAUCACUACGUUGCAUUCCACACAGAGGUUGACUCAGAACCACCUGAGAACCUCCGAGUCACAGUCAUGGCACCUCACGACCUCGAUACGAAAAGGAUCGUGGGUAGAAUAUGGUGGUGGAUCUCGUUGGCUAUUAUCCUGCUCGUCCUCGUAGCCGUCCUCAAUUUCCCACGUCUUUGUAAAGUGCUUCAGACCAGAAUGUUGCCCAACAGAGCCCGGUCGGACGACGAGGAUGACGAGGGCGCCCCGAUCGUACCACUGAUCAUCGUCACCGAUCACUCGGUCGCCAUCACGCAAGGUCGACCUCGGUCAGAUAGUGGAAUUUCAACUUCCGACGGAACAGAGACCCUGUCUGACUCCCGAGACAAUGAGUCCGCUCAUGUACUGUACCCAACCCAGUCUGAGACGAACACAAUGAACCCUUCGCUUUCAAAUACGACGGAGGCUGACAAUCCCUGGAGCCCCAACGCACCCUAA